GGCAUGUUUAUGCAUGAUCUGCAAUCUGCAUGCAUGUUGUCUUUUUUACGUUGUCUCAUUUGCUUGAGAAAUAUUAUCAAGCAGUAGACGUGUGUUAUACAGAAAAGGUGAAGCCAUCUGCGGUUACGGAGAGGACGGUGAAAGCGACAUAUACAGUAUGACUAUUCUUUGCGACGACAGUGGUGUUUGCUGCAACUAAUAGAGGAACGGGCUCAGCAGAUAACUUCGUAGAUUUUUCUGGCUAAAUCAAAAUGGAACAUACUGAACAGACUAGAUGCACAGAGCUGGCCAAAUCAUCUUCAGUUUACCGCUCACUGUACUCCGAGAUAGAAGAGGUCGGAUGGGAGCGUCUAGUGAGAUUAGGAGGAGAUCUGACAUUUCUCAGCUUUCGCAUCUUGGAUGCAAAGAGCAGGGUGCACUUUGUGGAAAUCGAAUUGGAUGAAACCUAUCCCAAAAGUCCACCUAGAGUAUCAGCGGAUGUACCGUAUAUUUUUGACUUGAAAUGGUCAAAAAGCUCAAGAUUAAAGGAUGUGGUGCAGCAGUUUCAAAAGCAUCUGGAGAAACUUCAGGAAUUUUGGUCUACUUUGGAUGAUAUUGACAAAUCUCUUUGGGUUGUUGACCCUAAACAGCCUUCACGUUCAAUGUGCUGUCGCCAAAUCAAUAUUGGAAAUGAUUGCUACAUCAUGUUGUAUAUAAAUGCCGAUGACCCUAAAUCUUUACCAGAGUGUCGUUUCAUGGGUCCAGGUCCAGUUGUGGAUUCAUUGAGAAGGAUAUGGCAGAGAAACAGCAGAAAAUGGACAAAAGACAAACCAUACCUGGAAAAUAUUGCAUGUCUUCUGGAGACUCAACUGCCAAGGCCCAUUGAUGUACAGAAGAAUGACCAACAGGUUGAAUGUGGAAUUUGUUAUGCUCAAUGUCUUCCAGUUGAUGAUGAGCUGGGAGUUAACAGUGGAAGCGGAACUGACUAUAGAUGUGAUAAUACUACUUGCAAUAAGGCUUUCCAUAGCGUUUGCCUUGGGGACUGGUUGCGUUCCAUCACCACAACAAGGCAGUCAUUCGAUGUUCUAUUCGGGAAUUGUCCAUACUGUUCAGAGCCAGUUGCUGUGAAAAUCACCGACUCUAGAACCUAAAUUAUAGGUCCUUAUUACCUUCUCACUCAGCAGACGUUUCCUUUCCCUGACACACCCCGCAAACAACAAAUUUUCAAGAUCAGAACUUCGCUCUUGUUGUGAGCAUCACAUUACACUGAUGCAUCUGAUAUUCUUCACUUAAUUUAUUCAUUAACAAUAGUGAGCAUACUUAUGGUAGAUUGUGGCUGCAUCCAAUGUAAGUUUGAUUUUUACUUGAGACUCUUUUGUUUCAUAAACUUAUGACCCUUCUAUCUAAUACCGAUGAUAACUUCAAUGCAUUAU